CCUGCACUGGGAGAUGACAGAGAGAAGACUGCUGCGUCUGGUGUGUCUGGUCUGGGUCGGAUCCUCCUGUUUGCUGACGACAGCGGAAACUGCAUUCGCUGCUGGCUGUGUCCGAGCUGCUGCAUCUCAGGAGCCUGGCACUGGGGACUCCCUGCAGCCGUCGCAGCACUCACCAUCCUCGCUCACAGCCGCUGCGGGUCACCCCAGGACGCUGGCAGGGAGAGAGGCGCAGUGCGGGGACACACACGGGAGCACACAGGGGGCGAGGUCGCCGCGGGGGGGCAUUCCUAUGCUGGGCUUGCCUGGCCGGACACAAAGAAGCCCCGGGCGCAGAGACGCAUCGUUGCCAGCUGUAGUGCGGCAAUAAUAUAAGUGUUACCGGCUGCAGGGUCCAUGUCUGCCCGCUGCUGUGCCCGGCAGGUGGCCUGCUGCUGUGGGGUCGCACCCUGUGCACUCUGCUGUACGUGCUGCCCUAAGAUCAAGCAGUCUACAAGCACCCGCAUCAUGUAUGGCUUAUUCUUCUUUCUGGUCACCUUCGUCUGUGGCGUUAUGAUGUCACCUACUGUGGCUAAGUUAAUGAAGGAUCAUAUUCCGUCUUAUGAAGACAUCUGCCAGCACCUGCAGGCAGGAGAGAACUGCGAGAGGCUGGUGGGAUACUCGGCUGUGUACAGAGUGUGCUUUGGGAUGGCCUGUUUCUUCUUCAUACUCUUUGUCUUAACGAUAAACAUCAGAAACAGCAAAAGCUGUCGGGCCAAACUCCACAAUGGUUUCUGGUUUUUCAAGUUUGUGAUCCUCGUAGCGAUGUGUUCUGGAGCAUUCUUCAUCCCUGACCAAGAUACUUUCCUCAUUGCGUGGCGCUACAUUGGCGCCGUCUUUGGCUUCUUCUUCUUACUGCUCCAACUCAUGCUGUUGGUGGAAUUUGCUCACAAGUGGAAUUCAAAUUGGAAUGCUGGAAAAGAACGUAAUAAGCUGUGGUAUGGAGCUUUGGCACUGGUCUACCUAAUGCUGUAUACCAUUGCUGUCGGGGCUCUCAUUACGCUAUUUUGGCUCUACACACACACGGAGCACUGUAAGCUCAACAAAAUCUUACUAGGAGUCAACGGUGGCCUCUGCCUCUUUCUUACCUUGUUGUCCAUGUUGCUCUCUGUACUAAAAAGCAACACACAGACUGGAUUGCUGCAGUCUGGAGUCAUCUGCUGCUAUGUGAUGUACCUGACUUUCUCUUCCUUUUCCAGCAAGCCACCGGAGAUCAUUCUGGAUGAAAGUGGAAAGAACAUCACAAUCUGUGUACCCAACAUCGGCAAUGGUAUGAACCAGGAUGAACGUCUGGUGGUGUCCGUGCUGGGCGCUGUCAUUAUGCUCGGCUGCAUAUUGUAUUCUUGUCUCACCUCAUCCACGCGUUCAAGCUGGGAUGCCCUAAGGGGUAGAUAUGCCCCGUAUGAAGAUGAAGUGGCGCGCUGUUGCUUUUGCUGGGGUAGCAGUGGAGCCGCUGACCAAGAAGAACGAGUAGAAGCACGCGGAGGACAGAGAGUGGCCUAUGACGAAGAGAUAAAGACUGUGUACUCUUACUCUGGUUUCCAUUUUAUCUUUUUCCUUGGAACGUUGUACAUGAUGAUGACCAUCACCAACUGGUUCCAUUAUAACCACGCGGAUAUAGAGAAGUUAUUUAUUGGCAGCUGGUCCCCGUUCUGGAUUAAGAUGGGCACCUGCUGGACAUGCGUUGCGCUCUACCUCUGGACGUUACUGGCGCCCAUCUGCUGCUCCAGCGGGGGAUAUGUAGUAUAGAUAGCAACUUCAGUUUGUGUAAUAAUGAGUCUCAUUUUCUGUUACAUUAUUUCUUACGUGUUUUUAACCCGAUGAGUAAACAUCUUUUUUUUUUUUUAUUAUUAUUAUUAUUAUUUUGUUUUUAUAUAUUUUUUAUGCUAAGCCAUAUUGUGCAGGGCACAAAAUUUUCAAGUCAGCAAUAAAUUUUGUUUUUAGACCCA